CUCGGAUUGUUUGCUGCGCCGGGUUUCUGAAAGCACGGAGUUCGGCGAUGUACCUCCACACUGUCCGUCCUGCUCGCUCUCUGUAGUUACCAACGUUACACUCUGGAGACCACUCCGCUUCCUGUUAUAACUUUAGUGGACGCCACAGGACAUUUGAAAGAGCGGAAUAGUGGAAACACCAUCUUCUUCUUCAGUUGGGGUUAUGAGCAAGGUGUAAAACUCCACAUCUAACGGUAUCUGUAUUCAAUCAAUGGAGAUUGGGUCUUCCUCUCCUCAUCUUAAAGUUAUGCUCUGCAGAAGCUCCAGUUAACCCCAGGGCAAUGAGAAUACAUAUCAUUAACAAGAACCGUGAGAGGUGUGUGUGCACCAUGGCAUCUAAACCCCACCCUCCUCUGAUGAAGAAACACAGUCAGACAGACCUGAUAAGCCGCCUGAAGAGCCGGAAGAUCCUUGGAGUCGGCGGCGAGGAUGAUGAUGGUGAAGUGCACCGCUCAAAGAUUAGUCAGAUGCUCGGAAAUGAGUUGAAGUUCGCAGUGCGAGAGCCCAUUGGGCUGAGGGUGUGGAUACUCAUCUCAGCAGUGGGGUUCACAGUUAUGGCCCUGAUGGCCCUGGUGUUUCCCAACCAGCUAUAUGAGGUUGUUUUCGAGGAGGAGCUCUCCACGACUAACCUCUCCAUUCGCCUUUAUGGAGGAGCACUGCUUAGCCUGGCCCUCAUCAUGUGGAAUGGUCUCUACACAGCAGAGAAGAUUGUCAUUCAGUGGACUCUGCUUAGUGAAGCCUGCUACUUUGCGGUCCAGUUUCUAGUGACAUCCAUCACCUUAAUGGAGAUUGGCAUCCUGCCCAAUUCUGCCAUCCUCCUGCUCCUCAGUCGAGUGCUCUUCCUGGUGGUCACCAUGGCUUACUACUACCACCUGGGCCGUAAGGCGAAGAAGAUCUGAAAUGACUGUGAUACUUCCAGGGAGGGGACAGCUGAGCACAGAUCACAAACGUGGGGUCAGAAGGUUUGGAAUAUUAUUUAAUUGGGCUUGGAGCAUUACAUUGCGAGUGGAUGCCCUCUGACACCUUCCAUGGGACCCAGCCUAUUAUAACCCCCAGUAUUCAACAGAUGAGCACAGGCUCACAUUCCAGACUCUACAUCAAGAACAAGAAACCUCAUAGUGAACAUGAAUUACUCUUUCACUGGGCUGUGAGGUCAAGACCCUCUUGACACACAUUCCUCCUUUGUGCACUUCUGAGUGCUGUCAUUAUAAAGAAGAAGCUAGUAGUUUGUAGUGCAUUGCGUUCUCGUGUGACCUAUGAUUUAAUAUGUACAGUACAGAGUGAUUUCAAACAUCCAACUAUGUUGUUCAUGUACAGCUACAUGAUUUCCAGAUUCGGUAUUUAGUGUUAUCUGUCGAGAUGUUGCAUCUUGACACCACUACUUAAUCAAGCUCAAGAACCAUGAGUUUGUGCUAUAAUUAUGUUUCGGGUUUGAUGCUGUUUAUGUUAACUCACACUGUGUGUAUGCUAAAGUGAAAGCCUGAAUAUCUGUGCCCUUGUAUGCUUCUCUGACAGCUCUCCGGUGAACACAUUGAAUGGAUAAAGCAUUAACCGUGCUUAGUGUAAGAUUCAGGUGAAAUCAGAGAAACUCCUAAAGGUCAGUUUUUACUCUCAAUCAUGCCCAUCAUCAAUCAGAUUUUGACUACCCCAAAAGAAAUGCUGAAUAUUAACGUUUUUCAGGGACGAAGCAAUUUUUUUAUUCCUUGAGGUAUCAGUCAAGAAGUUCUACCAAAGUGAAUAGGUAUUGUUUUGUACAGAAUAUUUACACUACUGAGAUUACUAAAUGUAACGUUGAUAAAUGCACAGGGGAACUCACUCUUACAAGAGAAGCAGUGUAGUUUUCUCCUUGUUGUGUGUGCACCCUUUAGGCAGGAAGUAUUUAAUAUUUUGACCUUUAUUGUAAGUCUAGUAUCACAAGCCGAGCAUGUCAGUGUGUGUGGCUAACAAAUCUGAGCUGGUUCCUCUUUAGUGAUGUAGCACAGUGUUUGUUUGUUUUUUUACAUUGACCAUAUCCUUAGCCUUGCCUUAAAACUGCUUAAAAGUGUCAUCAACACUGCAUCUUACCAGUAUAAAUGUAAAUAAAAGUAUUUACUAUUAUGUGGUGUUCUUGUGAACCGAACAGGGAACUUGUUCAGUAUAAGUUCAAUGAUUUUCAAAGGUUGAUCUUUCUCUCGGCAUGUCUUAUUUUGUACCUAUUUAAGUGACGUGUGUUUUUUUUAGACGUCAUGCAUGCAAUGAAAUCCAGCACAAUAAAUAGCUCUAACUGUGUAGCAGACUGCCACUAACUAGAUCGCAAGGCUGAUAAAUUAAGAUGGUAAAUUGCGGUGAAUUAAACUAUACGUGCUUUAAAACGGUUAUAACCCAACAGUUUUUAUCCAUUAAGUAAAUUCAAUACAUUUUCUACCUCCCAAUUCUUGGCACGCCCUCAGGUAAGCUCAGCGUUUUAGAGAUGUGCCAGCUGCAAGUCAUACUCUUCUGCAAGGCCAGUCAAGAAGACACAGAUAGUCGACUGAUUAUGUAAAUUUAACUUGAAACAUCAUUUUUUUAGGUCUCCUCCAAAGGUGGUCCAUAUUGUUGCAAACGACCACGUUCAGUCCUGCCCUAGAAGGGAGUGGUCCUGAGGUCAGAGUGAUUGAGGGUUUGCAGUUGUGAGUCCAGCACUGAAGGCAGAUGUGCUUGUUACUUGGGUGAGCCUUCAGUUCAGAUAGGGAACGUGAAACAUGGGUGAGGUCUCCCGUACUUCUGAGAAGUUGUAAUUAUCCUUUCUCCAGCGUUUAAUUAGAUGCAGCUCUCCCAAGUGACAUUGUGUGCACCAACCUACUGCUCUGUCCUGACUAGCAUGGUAAUUAUGGAGUUCAAGAAAAAUGUCGUUCCAUUUCCGUCAAUACUACUGGCCUCAAAUCAUCAGCCUUGGGAAAUGUUCAAAGGUCUGUAAAGUGGGUUAUUUUAGGAGAGAUGGGCAGUGUUUGGGGGGGGCAAAGAAAUAACCUUUUCAUCCUCCUGGUUCUCCGACGUAAAUUAGUCAAAAUAUUACAUUGGUAAGUUGAGCUACAGUAUAUGUUCCCUGAUGUAGAUCCAACAUACAGAUAUUUGUACUGUUGUGAAUAGCAAACCAGGUCAAACUGUUUAAAGUUGUAGCAUUGUGUUUUUAUGUAUAUAUGUGCUAUAUUCAAAAUAAAUUGUUAUUGAUUUCCACUAUUUAGUUUGAAAUAAAGGACACUAUUGUUUACUUUGAAGACUUCAAAAGUAA